CGCAUGCGCCCUGGGCUCACGGCUCAGAACUGCGGCUAUGGAACAAGCACCCCCAGACCCCGAGAGGCAGCUGCAGCCUGCGCCCCUGGAGCCGCUGGGUCACUCCGACACCGGGCCGGAGGCUGCGGUCCGUGAGGAAGCCGAGGGGGCCCGGGAAGACGGCUCUGGGUUGGGCACGAUGACAGAAAAUAAUUUUUGGUUAAAGAAGAUUGAAAUCAGUGUUUCAGAAGCAGAAAAGCGAACUGGAAGAAAUGCCAUGAACAUGCAGGAAACCUAUACUGCUUACCUCAUUGAGACAAGGUCAGUUGAGCAUGCUGAUGGUCAGAGUAUCCUAACUGACUCACUGUGGAGGCGAUAUAGUGAGUUCGAGUUGUUGAGAAAUUACCUUUUGGUUUACUAUCCACAUAUUGUUGUGCCGCCUCUACCAGAAAAACGGGCAGAAUUUGUUUGGCAUAAACUUUCUGCUGACAACAUGGAUCCAGAUUUUGUUGAGAGACGGCGGAUUGGCUUAGAAAACUUCCUCUUGAGGGUUGCUUCACAUCCCAUCCUUUGUAGAGACAAAAUCUUCUAUUUGUUUUUAACACAGGAAGGUAACUGGAAGGAGACUGUCAACGAAACUGGGUUUCAGCUGAAGGCAGACUCCAGGUUAAAAGCGCUUAAUGCAACAUUCAGAGUGAAAAACCCAGACAAGAGAUUUAUUGAACUAAAGCACUACAGUGAUGAACUCCAAUCUGUCAUCUCACAUCUUCUCAGAGUGAGAGCUAGAGUAGCAGAUCGACUCUAUGGUGUAUAUAAAGUACAUGGGAAUUAUGGGCGAGUUUUUAGUGAAUGGAGUGCCAUAGAGAAAGAAAUGGGCGAUGGACUGCAGAGUGCCGGCCACCACAUGGACGUGUAUGCAUCUUCUAUUGAUGAUAUUUUAGAAGAUGAAGAACAUUAUGCCGAUCAGUUAAAGGAGUAUCUUUUCUAUGCAGAAGCGCUGAGGGCCGUGUGCAGGAAGCAUGAGCUUAUGCAGUAUGACUUGGAGAUGGCAGCCCAGGACCUGGCGUCAAAGAAGCAGCAGUGUGAGGAGCUGGCCACCGGGACUGUGAGGACAUUCUCUCUGAAAGGAAUGACAACCAAGCUCUUUGGUCAAGAGACUCCAGAACAGAGAGAAGCCAGAAUAAAGGUGCUAGAGGAGCAAAUAAAUGAAGGAGAACAGCAGCUGAAGUCUAAAAAUCUGGAAGGCAGAGAAUUUGUGAAAAAUGCAUGGGCUGAUAUUGAACGCUUCAAAGAACAAAAAAACCGAGACUUAAAAGAGGCCCUCAUAAGCUAUGCCAUUAUGCAGAUCAGUAUGUGCAAAAAGGGAAUUCAAGUUUGGACCAAUGCUAAGGAGUGCUUUAGCAAGAUGUAAUCCUGAGAAAUGAAUUUCUCUUCAAUCAAAGUGCCCCAAAACAGAAGCACAAAUAAGUAAAAGAAAUUUAAGUUGCUAUCUGGUAUACAUAAGAAUAUAUAAGUUGAAUAAAUUCAGCCUCUUCAACCUGAUUAUAGUUGUGGUCGUAUAGCACAAAUGGGUGUAUUUUAAUGAAGAUUAAAUAUUAUAACUUGAGGUUUUGGGGACUGGUGCUGAUUCCAAAAAGUUAAUUUAGUAAUAUAUACCAACAGAUAGUUUGUCAGCUUCUUAAACCGUGACUGGAUGUCCAGGCGCCAGUGAGUCUCCAUGUUCUGCUCAUACCCGCUGUUUCAGAUGUGUGCUUGGGGAGUCCCCUGCCUCCCCCCUGCCGUUCCAUUCACUAGUCACUAGGGAACGCCCACUGCCUCUUACAGAGGGUGAUUUUGUUUCCUCUUGCCUUAUAGUUGAGCUAUUUGGUUUGACAAAGCUCAGCAGAAAUGUAUUGUGAAAUCAAAUAGUUUCCUUCACAUUCAUCAAGGCCCCUGUAAUAUCUGCAAAUACUAGAAAAUGCCUUCAGUUUAUGUUUUACCAGUAUUUUGAUACUGCUCAGAAAUUUUAUACUGCCAACAAAGAAGUCUCAACUUGUCAGAUACAGACUGGAGUGCAUUGUUAUGACACAGAGGUUGCUCUAUAGGAAGUUUUAGCGAGCAUUCUUACCCUUAGAUAAUCCCUAACCUCAGUCAUGAGCCUCAGUUUCCUGUGCUUGGCUCCACACAUGGUGUUUCUGGGCACAUAGUGUUUCAGGGUUCAAGAUGUAAUAUCCCCGAGUUGAGCUGCGUGGGGUGAACACUCGUGCCGGCACCUUCAUUGUUGGUGUCUUCUUGUCUGUUGCUUGGCUGUGAUUUUUGUAAAGAUAAAUUAUAUUGCUUUUUUAUGUGUGUGUUUGUGAUAAAUGUUAGGAAGCCAAGCAUUCUCAUUUUGCUAGCUUUGCAGAAUCUUAAAUGUGUACUCAUUAUUUCUAAUGAUGUUUUAAAAUAAAACUGUUUAACAUUGGACUUUUUUACAUGUUUAAAAUGUUGCUGGAAUUUUGUGCUGUUUGCCAAAAUUAUAUGAUAAAUAAAUGAAGUAUUGUGCCGA